GCCGCGUUCAAGCUUUUGCAGGAGCAGCGCUCGUUCAAAGCGCAAGCACACUGCGGCGGAAGCGAGCGCGUAAUUAAAAUAACGAGCAAGCCGACAGACUGGCUGAAGAAACGAAGUCGCGAUUUUGUGGCGCUACAGGUCUGGAGCAGUUGGCCAAAGUGCGCGUUUUGCCUCGCUGGCUGCUGCGCGCUGAUGUCAGGCUUGUGCGCCUUCCCUCCGAGGGGGUGGACCCCGGGCCGGUGAGUCACGCAGCUGUCAAAGAUAGCUGUCACCCAGCUCCGUGAUCAAACGGCGAACGAGGAAGAGCCCCGUCCCAGGCACCCGACGACGCGUCGCGUCUCCAGCACAUGAGCGCGUCGUCUUACGAACCCCCGGCCCAAAUACGAGCCAGCAGACUCCGUUUUGGCACGUUCGGGACUGGACGGUUGGAUGAUUUAGCGCAGACGGAGCGCCACUUUGGAAUAAAUUCGACAAAGCCACGCUUCUCGUUGGCAACGUGAAAAGGGGAUUUUUUUUUACGGAUAUGAAGACUAAAAAAGGUAUGCUGGCCGUGUCUGGCAGCGAAACAGAAGAUGAGGACAACAUGGACCUGCCCCUGGACCUGUCAUCCAGCCGUGGAGCCUCAGCCAAGAGGAAGAGGAGGGGCAACCUGCCCAAAGAGUCUGUACAGAUCCUCAGAGACUGGCUGUACGAACACCGCUACAACGCCUACCCGUCUGAGCAGGAGAAAGCGCUGCUCUCCAAGCAGACCCGUCUGUCCACGCUACAGGUGUGUAACUGGUUCAUAAACGCACGGCGGCGGCUCCUCCCAGAGAUGCUCCGGAAGGACGGCAAAGACCCGAACCAGUUCACCAUCUCCCGCCGUGCCAGCAAGGGCAGCGAGGGGCUCAGCGAUAGCUCGCAGUCCCCCAAACACGGCCUGCUGGCCGGCGGCGACGGCUACGAGCCCGGCUCGCCCCACGGCGCCGCGCCCGUCUCCAACGGCUACCCCAAAAAGGCCCCGUCACCCAAAACGCCACCCUCGCCUGUCCUCCCCCGGCCCUCCGUCAUCUGCCACACCACGGUCACGGCCGCGGCCCCUCGGGCCGGAAGGCCGGGCGGCUCCAAAGCGGAAGGGGCCACGGAGCUGGCGGCGGGCGAGGCGGCCGGGGGCGCGGCCACGGGCCCGUUUGGGUGCCGGGCGGGGGCGGGGCUAAGCGGCGAGGGCGGGGCCAGCCUGCAGAGCGGCCUGUUCAACACGCCGCCACCCACCCCGCCCGACCUCACGCAGGACUUCAGCGGGUUCCAGCUGCUGGUGGACGUGGCGCUGAAGAGGGCUGCUGAGAUGGAGCUCCAGACCAAACGCUUGCUGGCCUGAAGACGGACGCCUGCAGCUCAUAGACGCUUGUUCCACGGUUCUCUGUCUACACUCCUGACCCUUUUAAAACGAACUCUGUGGGGCGUUCAGAGACAUGACUGAGUGACAACGUUAAGAAAAAACUAAACUUGGAGAAAAGAAAUCAUAAAGGCCCGAUCAUUUCUAUUUUUGGUAAAUGUAAAUCAAACUGAUGCAGAUCUGUUUGUCUAAAACCAUUUCAACGUGCCUUGCCAGUCAUUUCCUUUUUGUAUUUCAUUUACUUGUAUAUAAAUGUCAUCCUCUUUUUUCUUUUUUUUGCACACAGGGGACCAAAAAUGUAUAGACAAAAGUUGUCUGUCUUAAGUCUCUCCUCAUUUUUGGGAAGAGUGAAUUACUCCUUUCCUUCCUCAGUUCCAGUUUCUCGGCCUCUUUGCAGAGGCUGGGCUCGAGGAUCGUUUGCUUCUGCCUCAUUUUUAGGGAACGACUCUGCAGUCGUUUAUUCUGUCCCAUUCUUUUGCACAAUAUGGCAGGUCAUCUCAAGUAUGUUCAAUAUUCUCUCUUUCUUCCUCUGUUUCUUCAAUGAACUUUAAUCACUACUGUUCCAGGUCAUACUGUGUCUCAUAGUAAUUAAGUCUUUUUUGUUUAUUUUUGGUAUUUUUUGAUAAUGUAAAGGAUACCUGUGUUAUUUUUGGACGCUAUGUUUAGUAUGUUACUUUUUGUUUCAUUUCUUUUGAGGGAUAUUCGGAUGUAGCAGAACUAUAGUCUGGGAUUUUCCUCAGUGUAGAAACGGCCAGUGAAUGUGCCCCCAUCUCCACCCACAAACACCCCUCUGCCUAUUUCACACUGUCCCUAAACCCCCCCACACACACACACACACCUCAGCCAAGUACACGUGAGCUCGAGGAAUCAACACUACAUGACCUGUGUGUGUGGAGUAUGUCAUUUUGGUUGUUUUUGUCAUGGUUAGACCACUUCAUAUGGAAAAAGGAAAAAAUUGUUUUGUUUUGUUUUUUCUUUUUUUUAAUGUCACCAAAAACAGAAGAAAGAAUUAAUUGCUAAAGGCUUUGGGAGUUUAGAUGCAUGCAUCGUAGCCAAUGUGACGAGAUGCCCAAUGAUGUGAGUCCUCUUUCAUACUGUGCAAUGUUUGUGGCAAAUUGGGGUCACAUAGUGUUUAAAUAAAGUUUUGUUUUCUACAAAAUAA